AUGUCCACACAUCUUAGCCCUCGCCCAGUCCCGGCCCCGAAACACCAUCAUAAGCCUUUACCCAAGCCAAUGGAAGUCCACGACAAAAGACACGCACGCGGCCGAUUUUCCUGGGUCAAACGUUUAGUCCAGGGCCAGACGAGAACUGGACCCGAUCUAAGGACCAGACCUUACCAGCAACAGACGCAAUUCCCCACAACGAAAUACUUGCCCGAAAAUGCUAGUGGGCGCAAAUCGCAAAGAAGCACCGACGUGUCGAGCGACUCGGAAUCGUAUGUUUCGGACAAUAUCAGUACUGUGCCAUUGAAGCUGGUGGUGUCCCACGGUUCUACUACAAACUCACCUUCAAUUCUCAGCACCGAAAACCAGGCCGACAACUCGUCAUAUAUGGCCUCCACAGCGGAAACCUCGUUGGCUCCAAGUACGCACAUUUCUCUUCUGCCCAGUAUUCAUACGACACAGCCGAGAGCAGAGCGGGACAGCGAGUCGAUUGUGACAUUGGCGAGCUCCUCGCGUCGUGGAAGACGUAGAAGCAUCGACACCAACUGCAGCAUGGCUGGAAUUGCACCGGCAAGUAUUGUUGAGCGUUUGACCGUUCACCCAGUAUCGCAGGACGAUUAG